AUGAUAUAAUAGAAAACAUAUUUUAAUAAUCUAGAAUAACUUUUAAACUCCUCACUUUAAUCUUUUUAAGUUCUCCACAUUGAUCUGAAAAAAAUGAUUAAAAAAAUUAGUGCAGUUGGUGUAUCAGACUUAGGUACUGGUUUGGGAAAGUGUAUAAAUCUUUCAAGUUUGAGACUUGAUCUUAUAGAAAAUUAAAUUGGUGAUUAAGGUGGAUCAGACUUAGGUACUGGUUUAGGAAGGUGCACUAAUCUCUCAAAUUUGACACUUAAUCUUUCCGAAAAUUAAAUUGGUCUAAUUGGUACAUAAGGUUUAAGUUAGAGUCUAGGAAAUUGCACUAAUCUCUCAAACUUGACACUUAAUCUUUCGUGUAAUAAAAUUAGUGACGAAGGUGCAUUAGCCUUAGGUUUUGGUUUAGGAAAGUGCACUAAUCUCUCAAAUUUGACACUUCAUCUAUGGUUGAAUUAAAUUGGUAAAAUUGGUGGGUCAGGUUUAGGUUCUGGUUUAGUGAAAUGCACUAAUCUCUCAAAUUUGGAACUUGAUCUAAGGUUGAAUUAUAUUGGUGAUGAAGGUGCUUCAGGCUUAGGUUCAUAUUUAGGAAAUUGCACUAAUCUCUCAAAUUUGACACUUUCUCUAAGAAAAAAUUAAAUUGGUGCAAUUGGUGCAGCAGGCUUAAGUUCUGGUUUAGGUAAUAGCACUAAUCUCUCAAAUUUGGCACUUGAUCUUUUUGAAAAUAAAAUUGGUGCAAAAGGUGCAUCAGACUUAAGUUCUGGUUUAGGAAAGUGCCCUAAUCUCUCAAAUUUGACACUUACACUUUAAUGGAAUAAAAUUGGUGCAAUUGGAGCAUCAGGCUUAGUUUCUGGUUUAGGAAAUUGCACUAAUCUCUCAAAUUUAGCACUUGAUCUUUCGUGGAAUUUAAUUGGUGGAGAAGGGGCCUUAAGCUUAGGUUCUGUUUUAGGAAAGUGCACUAAUCUCUCAAGUUUGACACUUCAUCUAAUUGAAAACAAAAUUGGCAGUGAAGGGGCUUUAGGCUUAAUUUUUGGUUUAGGAGAGUGCACUCAUCUCUCAAAUUUGACACUUAAUCUUUCGUAAAAUUAAAUAGAAGAUAAAGAUUUAUCUAGCUUAGGCUCUAGUUUAGGAAAGAUCACUAAUCUCUCAAAUUUGACACUUUAUCUUGGAACAAAAAUUAAUAAAUCAAAAUAAUUGAAUGAAAAGUGUCUCAAGUUAAAAAGAUUAGUUAACUUAAGAAUAUAUUAUUGGUGAUAAAAAAGUGGUGAAAUAGGAAAAAUAAAUAAAAAUAUAUUGAAUACUUUAAUAUAAUAUGUUUUUAUUUUUUAAUAUUUUGUAAUUGAAUAAAUAACCUAAAACAUAGAUA